CUCCGCGAGACUACAUGUGAGUUGCCCGCAGCAGCUUGGCCGCCCCCCCGCACCCCCACAGCGCACAUUCAUUUAAGCGGAGGCGACACACCACGCCGCAAGACAGUAUGACCGAGACUGAUGUUGAUAAUGAGCUCCUGGAUUAUGAAGAGGAUGAGGAGCCACAAGGAGCCCCUGAGAGCGCAGCCCCUACCGGCAAGAAGGAGGUGAAGGGCUCCUAUGUGUCGAUCCACAGCUCGGGUUUCAGGGACUUUCUUCUCAAACCAGAGCUGCUUCGUGCCAUUGUUGACUGUGGUUUUGAGCAUCCUUCAGAAGUCCAGCAUGAGUGUAUUCCUCAAGCCAUUCUGGGCAUGGACAUCCUGUGCCAGGCCAAGUCUGGUAUGGGGAAGACGGCUGUAUUUGUAUUGGCCACCCUGCAGCAGAUAGAACCAGUGGAUGGUCAGGUAUCAGUCCUUGUGAUGUGCCACACACGAGAGCUGGCCUUCCAGAUUAGCAAAGAGUACGAACGCUUCUCCAAAUACAUGCCCAAUGUCAAGGCAGCUGUGUUCUUCGGUGGCCUGACCAUAAAGAAGGACGAGGACGUCCUUAAGAAGAACUGCCCCCACAUUGUUGUUGGAACACCUGGGCGUAUUCUGGCCCUCAUCCGCAACAAAUCCCUCAACCUGAAGAACGUCAAACACUUUGUCCUUGAUGAGUGCGAUAAGAUGCUGGAGCAGUUGGACAUGAGGUGUGAUGUUCAGGACAUAUUCAGGCUGACGCCACAUGAGAAACAAUGUAUGAUGUUCAGUGCCACACUAAGCAAGGAGAUCCGCCCUGUCUGCCGCAAGUUCAUGCAAGAUCCCAUGGAGGUGUUUGUGGAUGAUGAGACCAAGCUGACGCUCCAUGGCCUGCAACAGUAUUACUGCAAGUUGAAGGACAGCGAAAAGAACCGCAAGCUCUUCGACCUGCUCGACGUGCUUGAAUUCAACCAGGUGGUGAUCUUUGUGAAGUCUGUGCAGCGUUGUGUGGCUCUUUCCCAGUUGCUGGUGGAGCAGAACUUCCCUGCCAUCGCCAUCCACAGGGGCAUGGUCCAGGAGGAGAGGCUAUCCCGUUACCAGCAGUUUAAAGACUUCCAGCGGAGAAUCCUGGUGGCCACAAACCUGUUCGGCAGAGGCAUGGACAUCGAGCGAGUCAACAUCGUGUUCAACUACGACAUGCCAGAGGAUUCUGACACGUAUCUUCACAGAGUGGCCCGCGCUGGCAGGUUUGGAACCAAAGGCCUGGCUGUCACCUUUGUGUCAGACGAAGUCGACGCCAAGAUCCUGAAUGACGUGCAGGACCGCUUUGAGGUCAACGUGGCAGAGCUACCAGAGGAGAUCGAUAUAUCCACCUACAUCGAGCAGUCCAGAUGAGUUUGAAGCCUGAUGAUUGUGGGUCCCCCCCCCCCCCCCCCCGGUGUCGAACCUUUAUUUUAAAAGUUCCCGUCUCUCAAGUUCGUUUUCCGUUUCCGAAUGACACAACACUUAAAUUUUUUUAUUCAUGUUCUUGGGAGGUUUUUUAUUUUAUUUUAUUUUUCCUUGUUAUACUCGUGUAUUGUUUGAUUAAUAAACUUUUUAUACCAUUUUGGCGUGUUGGUUUUUAAUAUUGUGAGCCGUCAGUAACAGUAAAAGGGGAUACUGGGUUUAUUAUCUACUCGGACUGCAACGUAAAGGGACUGACAUACACGUUAAGUAAAUCUUGGCCCUCCCGUUCUCCAACAUGUAAACAAGUUGGAAGACCUAAUGUGCGUCAAUAUUCUGCCAAUCUUCGGCAAUUACGGAUACCAAGUAGGAUAAUUUGGAACCGCACAAGUUGAGUUAAAAUAAAACGUCACAUGAAACCUGAGCACGGUGGCCGGUUCAGUCACAUGGCCUGGCCAGCCGGUACUUGUGACAGCAAUAAGGCCCGUGUCCGAAGACACGAGCUCGUCGAGGUAAUUAUAGAUCCAAACAACAUUUUAGGGAGUGCGACCCCAUCUGUUAAAAGACAUUUUUAAAGGAAAAAGAAAACAUUCUCACAAAACAUCAACCAUGACGCAUUUGGAUGCAACAAAAAAAAAAAAAAUUUCAUUUAAAAUAGUUGGUCUUGGUCCAGGUUUUGCCGAGGGGCUGUCUCGGUUCCAGAUGGUGCCCUGUUUCAUUUAACGCUCUGAGCUAAAAGGAGACAGCCGAUCAUUCAUUACCAUCUACAGGUUUACUUCUCGAUGGCGUGCAAUAUCGGAUAACUGAAGAUGGCUCCUUCGGUGGUUCACGGGGCUUCUUCCCGUAAAACGUGGCGAUUUUGUCAAGUUUCUCUUGACUAAAAAUGGAAGAAAAAAAAAAAGUGUCAAUUUGUCGUCUUACUUUACGCUCCGUUGGGAGUGUUCUUCCUACCACUACCCCAAAGAUUAUUCUGCUGCGGGAAGUGGGGUCGUUUUGCUCGGUGCGUUGCGAGAUAUCGAGUCAUAAAUACCGUUUCACAGUCACAAAGGCGAGGUGGCGCCCCUAUCGAGCGCCGUGUCCCCCGUUGCUGUCAAAAAGGUCAGAGUUUCAGUGCUGAACGUGGUACAGUGUUGCUCUUCGUCUUGUUUUUCGCCUCAGGUAGUCUUCUCGAGGGUCUCAAAAUAUCUCCGCGCACCUGGCCAAGCA